CCAUAGAUUUGAUAAUGAGUAAUAUACACUGAUAGAUAAUAAUAAAGUAUGUUAUUAUCAAUCUCGGUGGUUCUGUAAUAUCUUUAUCUGCAAUUUAACCAAUUUAACUUUAUAGUCCUAAGCACAGUCGCAGAAGUCCAUGGUUCUAAGAAUUUGUUUCAUUCUGUGUUGAUAACGCUUGAUUUUUGCAGAACUAAGUCAAUUGUUGUUUUGAGGGGAAAUGGUAAGUUUUGAUAUCAGCUUUAGUUUUAAAAUAUGAUGACAAUUUUAUCGCCGACGAAUUAUUCUAAUUUUAUGUACAAUUUCGCAGUCUAUCAGUUACGCCCGACAAUUUUCUACUUCGGCCAUUAGUAAUCAUAUAAUGAAAUUGACCCGUUUACGAGUGGUCGACAACAGUACCAUUGGCAAGCAAGCAAUGGCAGAAGGUAAACCGCCUCGUUGCAUUCACGUAUAUAAUAAAAAAGGAAUUGGCACAAUCGGUGAUAAAAUACUGGUCGCGAUCAAGGGUGAAAAGGUAAAAGCCAUCAUCGUUGGGUGCGUUAAAGAACAGAAACCUAAUAUACCCAGGUUUGAUAGUAACAAUAUAGUGUUGAUUGACGACAAUGGUACCCCAUUAGGAACACGUAUAAAUGUCCCUAUUCCGAUCGUCCUUCGAACCAUAUUAAAAGAAAAAACAUUUUCUAAAGGAGCAGAUUAUACUAAGUUGUUGGCCAUUGCUUCAAAUUAUGUUUAGAUAUUUACUCUAUUGUAAAUAUUAGUUAUACUUUAAAUUUUUUUUAAAUAUUAUUUGUGUGAUGUAAAAUAAAAUGUUAUUUGUGAUUAAUUACUUUUCUUCAUUUGGUUCCUGGCUUUACAAAUAUUUCAAGUUUUAUCAAGUACCUAUAAUAUAGUUAAAAAGGAUGAACACAUGAUACCACUUAUUUUUUUCUAUUAUUCAUUAAUAUUUAAAAAGUUAGGUUAGGUUAAGUUCUCAAAAAAUGAGCUCCUAAUAAUCCCAUACCAGGUUAACAAAAUUGUAUAUUAGAAAUCAUCCAUGGAUGUUGGUGAUAGGAACAAGAUAUCUAGUCAAACAAUUUUUCAGACGAGAAAAAAAAUUGCAUCAUAGGUUGUAAAAUUAAUUCAUGUUUUGCCUUUUUUAGAAUCUGAAAUAUACUUGAACAUUUAAAUAAAAACAAAAGGGAAAUUUAUUUCAAUUGAAUUAUAUUAACUUUUUUUUUCUAUCACAUUAAAUUCAAGUUCAUAUUGUUGAUCCAAGCCAAGGUAACAGUCAGACAUCAUGUAGAGAGUCCAAUUUACAUAACCUAAAAAUAUAAAAUAUAUACCAAGUAUAAUGUAAAAUAAGGAGCUACUAUAAAAAAUUAUUGCUCACGUUUCAUUAUAAAAUAUUUAAAAAAUAUA